AUGAAGUUUGAAAAGCCUUCAGAAUGGCAGAACACAACAAGGAUAAAAGAGUUCAUCCUUCUUGGAUUUGGGAACACUGAGAACUUGGACAUUAUUUUCUUCUUAUUAUUUCUAAUCAUUUAUAGUAUAACACUAUCUGGGAACCUUCUCAUAAUUAUACUGGUUAUGAUGGAGAAGCAUCUUCAUACUCCUAUGUACUUCUUUCUUUCUAAUCUAGCCUGUUUGGAAAUCUGCUACACCUCAACAAUAAUACCUAAAAUGCUGGCCACUUUUCUAUCUGGAAAGAAAACAAUUUCUCUAUGGGGCUGCAUUUUACAGAUGCAUUUCUUUUCCACUUUAGGAGCUACUGAAUGUUAUGUUUUGGCAGCAAUGUCUUAUGAUCGUUAUCUAGCCAUAUGCAGACCUUUGCAUUAUGUCACACUUAUGAAUGACAAAACAUGUAUAUUGCUGGUUUUAGCAUCAGGCAUAAUAGGAUUUGUUCUUAUCACUAUUUUGACAUCCUUGUUGACCCAACUUGUAUUCUGUAAUCAAUACGAAAUUGACCAUUUCUUUUGUGAUUUCACACCCUUAAUACAACUUUCUUGCAGUGACACUUGGGUGAUUGAAAGAGUUGCUUUGAUAACAUCAUCUUUAGGGAUUAUACCUACAUUUUUCAUAACUGUCUCAUCUUAUGCUUUUAUCAUUCGAGCAAUUAUGAAAAUCAAGUCUGUGAAUGGCAGACAAAAGGCGUUUUCCACCUGUUCUUCCCAUCUUACUGUAGUCUCCAUUUUCUAUGUCUCCUUAAUGCUGGUCUACAUUAUGCCAACAACUGGAAGAUUCAAAGAUAUGAAUAAGAGCUUCUCUUUCUUGUAUUCCAUUUUAACCCCCAUGGUCAAUCCCUUUAUUUAUAGUUUGAGAAAUAGAGAGAUAAAGAUAAUCAUUAGAAAUGCUCUGUGCUAA